UGUAUAAUAAAAUGAAACACUUGACGUUAUUACGACAUUGCAAUCCCGGUUUACGCUAGAACUUCCGGUUAAUGACCGCGUUGGCCCAGGAUUUUCUUUUCUGGGAUUUUUUCUCUUUUUAUUUGAUUCACGAAAAUCAACUCCAAAUUAAUUCCUCGAAUUGUCCAUUUUGGUCAACUAGGAUCACAUUUGAAAUACAAAUAUGAGAUCUCGUUCAAGGAACAAGAAGAAGCAACAAAUGUCAUCUUCAAGAUCAGACGUGGACCUGGAUCCAGCAUCGGAUGAUGAUGAAUAUCAGAAAACCUUGAAAGCAAAGAUACCUGGGUAUGUGCCUCUUACACCUGACGAGAUUUUUGAUGCUUUCUACCGAAGGCCAACCGAUCCAUUAUUGAACCUUUUCAAGAGUAAAAAAAUUGAGAUACUUGAUGUAGAGACAAAACCUGGUGAUCUAUCUGAUGAACUGAGAACAGCCCUGGGCAUGCCAGUCGGUCCAAAUUCAGAGAAAGUUCGCCCGCCAUGGUUUAUUGCUAUGCAACGAUAUGGACCUCCUCCAUCCUACCAUUAGCUUCCUAGAAUUCUUUAUUCAUGAACAACAACAACAACAACAACACAAAUAAAUCUUUCACAAACUUUA